AUGAUUACAGAAGUAAAUGAAAAUGACUCUCUGAAAUAAGAAGAUAGAAAAUAGGAUGAAACUGAUGUUUCUUAUGUACAAUUGUACAGGUUUGCUUCAAAAGCUGAUUAUGGUCUAAUGUUUCUAAGUUUGAUUGGAGCGAUUGGAAACGGAUUAUCUAUGCCUAUAUAUUCUAUAAUUUUUGGUGACCUCACUGAUUCGUAUGCAUACGAUGAUAAUGAUACCAAAAUAUAAAAGGCUGGACUCAAUACAUUGUAUAUUUAAAAUAGAUAUAUUAGAUAUAUGGUAAUCUUAGGUAUAGCUACAUUAUUAGUAACAUUAUUAAUGUAUGCGACAUUUUCUAUAAGUACAGAAAAUCAAACAAAAAGAUUAAGAAAAUGUUAUCUUAGUUCUCUAUUAAGAAAGUAGGUUAUGUGGUAUGAUUAAAUAAAUACAAAUACUUUAAACUAAAAAAUAAACAAUGAGAUAUCUUCAAUAUCAGAUGCAAUUGGAGAAAAGACAAUGACUUUUGCAUUUUCUUUAGCUGCCUUUAUAAGUGGUUUCUUGGUUGGGUAUAUAAAGUAUGAAUUUGUUAAAGAUAUUUUUAGAGGUUGGAAACUAGCAUUAGUAAUAACAUCAGCCUUACCAAUAUUAGCAAUAACAAUAGUAUUGAUUGUUAAUGCAGCAUAUUGGAGGGAACAGUUUACAUUAAAGUCUGA